GAAGGAGGCCAGCAUGUCUCUCCCGGUGAGCGUGUCGGCGCUGCUCCGGUCGGACCUCCAGGAGGACGCCUUGUACCGGGACGACGGGCUGUGCGUGGUGGGCGUGUUCGCAUGAAGGAGGCCAGCAUGUCUCUCCCGGUGAGCGUGUCGGCGCUGCUCCGGUCGGACCUCCAGGAGGACGCCUUGUACCGGGACGACGGGCUGUGCGUGGUGGGCGUGUUCGCAUGAAGGAGGCCAGCAUGUCUCUCCCGGUGAGCGUGUCGGCGCUGCUCCGGUCGGAGCUCCAGGAGGACGCCUUGUACCGGGACGACGGGCUGUGCGUGGUGGGCGUGUUCGGUAAGAGCAGCGCGCAGCCCGGCCCGCAGAAGGAGUCCGUCGUCAACAGCCUGGCGGACCAGCACGUCUUCCCGCUGUACGGUGGCCCGGAGGACGGCAGCCUGCAGGCGUUCUACCAGCAGGAGAACCGGGUUCUCUACCUGCUGCUGUCCUCCGCCUGCGACAGCCGACACAUGCUACGCGCCUGCGAGUCCCUGAGCGCGGGCACGGCCCACGCGGACGCGCACGCCGUGUGGGCCGGCCUGGAGCGGCAGCACUGCCUCCACCUGCUCUACCUGUUCUCCGUCAGCCACGUGUUGCUGCUGGUGCACCCCAAUCAGACGUUCGACGUGACACACGACCGGCUCUUCCGGGCUCUGGACGCGCUGAGGCAGAAGGUGCUGCCUCUGAUCCGGGCAGCCAUCAAGGACUGCCCGGUGUCCAAGGAGUGGAAGCUGAACUGUCGGCCGUGUCCUCCGCGGCUGCUGUUUGUGUUCCAGAUGAACGGAUCCCUGAAGGUCUCUGCAAACGGCUCAGAGUCUGGAGGAAACCCCGACAAGCCCAAGAAGCACUCACCCCGGAGACGUCUGCAGCACGCUCUGGAGGACCAGAUUUACCGAAUCUUCCGUAAAAGCCGAGUCCUGACCAACCAGAGCAGCAACUGCCUCUUCACCGUUCCCGCCAACCAGGCGUUCGUGUACGUGAUCCCGUCAGCGGACGAGGACCCCGUGGGCUCCUUAAUCGACCAGCUGCGCUCCAACUGCACCAUGUGUGAACAGGACACCGCCCCCGUGGUGUCGGGGCCGAGGCGCUACCAGCAGAUGCGGCGUUCAGCUCGGCUGCCCAGCUGCGGCGGAGACCCGACCAGCGUGCUGAUGGGCGGUCAGCUGGUGGACUGCAGCCUGAAGGAGUUCCUCUGGCAGCACGUCGAGCUGGUUCUGACCAAGAAGGGCUUCGACGACAGCGUCGGACGAAACCCGCAGCCGUCGCACUUUGAGCUGCCGACCUACUCCAAAUGGGUCCAGGUGGCCUCGCGGCUCCACCAGGUCCUGAUUGGAAACGCAGAAGAAGAAAUCGCGGAGCUGGCCUCCAAGGUGCAAGGCCAGCUGAAGGUGCUGGAGGGUUUCCUCGACGCCGACACAAAGUUCUCAGAGAACAGGUGUCAGAAAGCUCUGCCGCUGGCCCACAGCGCCUACCAGUCCAACCUCCCCCACAACUACACCACCACGGUGCACAAGAACCAGCUGGCCCAGGCUCUGCGGGUCUACAGCCAGCACGCUCGCGGCGUGGCGUUCCAGCGCUACGCUCUGCAGCUCCACGAGGACUGCUACAAGUUCUGGAGCAACGGACACCAGCUGUGUGAGGAGCGGAGCCUGACGGACCAGCACUGUGUUCACAAGUUCCACCUUCUGCCUCAGCCAGGAGAGAAAACCGACAUGGAUCGCAACCCGCCCAUCCUGAACCACAACAGCAGGGGGCGCUCCACCAGCUCCUGUAACUGUGGCAGGAAACAGGCGCCCCGCGAGGAUCCGUUUGACGUCCAGGCCGCCAAUUAUGACUUCUACCAGAUGCUGGAGGAGAAAUGUUGCGGGAAGCUGGAGCGGAUCGAGUUCCCCGUGUUCCAGCCGAGCACCCCCGACCCGGCGCCGGCCUGCAACCAGGCCCCGCGGCCCCCGAGCGAGACCUCGGCCUCGGCAUCCGGGGAGGCGGAGCGGCUGAAGGAGCCGAGCACCGCUCAGAGCCACACGCCCGCCGACACCAGCCUCAGCCUGGCUCUGAGUCUGGGUCAGUCCACCGACAGCCUGGGGCCCUACGGGGACGGAGACGGGACCGAAACUCAACAAGUCCAGCAGAAGAGACCGAGCCUUGUGGACCGGCAGCCCUCCACGGUGGAGUACCUCCCCGGGAUGAUGCACUCCGGAUGCCCCAAAGGUCUGCUCCCCAAGUUCUCCAGCUGGUCUCUGGUCAAACUGGGUCCGGCUAAGUCCUACAACUGCCACGCCGGUCUGGAGCAGCCCGGCUUCCUACCGGGCUCCUCCUUCCUGCUGCCGUGGGACUUGGUGAUCCGGUCCCGCUCGGAGGAGGACGCGGGGCUGACGGAGCCCUCUUUGGACGGAGGCACCUCCUCGUGGCCGGCGCCCAACAAGACCCUGGUGGGGAAGCGAGGGAGCACCGGAGGUCUGGGGAGGAGCCGCAGGAGGGACGACGUGGCUCGGAUCUUCGUGGGCUUCGAGUACGAGGACGUCAGAGGGAGGCGCUUCAUCAGCUGCGGGCCGGAUAAGAUCGUGAAGGUGCUCGGGCCGGGCGGCGCCAAAGACCCGGCCACCAGGGUGCUGAACACCGACAUGCCGCUGUACAUCCCGUCCCCUUCACAGGGCCGAGGACUGAAGUCACACUUCGCCCAGCUGACUCGACUAUUCAUUGUGGUGCCCGACGCUCCUCUGGAGGUCACUCUCAACCCACAGGUGCAGCCCGGUCCUCCUCCCUGCCCUCUUUUCCACCCAGAGAAGACGGAUAUAGUGUUGGCACCUGAUGCUCUUUGGGUUCUGCGGUUCCCUUACUCCUACUCUACGGAUCGCGGCCCCUGUUACCCCCCCAAAGAGAACCAGCCCCUCAACAACCACAAGGUGCUGAGAGCCAUCCUGAAGGCCACGACCGCCAACCCACCGCCACAGUGAGCUUUUCACAGUAUGAAGGACUUCUUAUUUAUUUAACAGCUGAUACGAGCUGAGAAUGUUUUGGUUUGAAUCCCCGGACCUCAUCGGACCGCGUCAGACCAAAUAUCUGGUCUGGUUUCCUUUAAAUGUGUUGUGUAUUUUGAGUCCUGCACAAGUCAAACAAAUUCCCUUUCAUGCUCCCGGAGGAAGAACACAUUCUGUGGUGCCAUUCCAAACUUUAAAGUUGAAACAUUUUUUUGCUCAGAGAAUAAUUACAUUUGUUUAUUUGUUUAUUUUCGUGUGAAAUGCACAUUAACAGCUCUUACGUCUUGUUUUUUAAAGGCUCCACCAAGCCAGGGUUUUUUAGGUUUACACAUGUGGAAAAGCUCUAAUUUGGUGUUUUUUGCUGGACUUGUGGCUGAAACAGACAGGAAAAAAUGCGUUUAUAAAUUUAACCGGUUUAUGAACAGUCUGAACUAAAGAAGCCACAACUCCUUUCUUUAAAUCCCCCUAAAUAUAAUUUAUUAGCAAUACGUAAACAUUUAAUAAAUGAUCUAUAACUGUAAUGUAGUUGUAUGCGGAUAUAAACACAAAAUAAUGUUUUUGUCAACAGCUAUAACUUCUCCUGUGAGCAAAUGUAGACUGGUGUAUAUAAACAAAUAAUGAGUGACAAUUUAGUUUAACAUAUAUUCAGAGGAGAAGGUAUUACUACAGACAAAUAUUGUAGAUUAUAUACAUAUACAUAUACACAUUCUUAUAGUGCGUUAUAGACCAUUAAUAAUAUGUUUGUGCGCUGCUCAUAAAUGUGAUUUUAGGGGACUUCAGUAUUCUGCAUCAUGUGUACUACAGUAUCACAACAACACAUGUAUACUAGUACUACUAUAUUACGCUCAUUACUACUUAGACAGACGUACCCGACACUCUGGGGACUGGAGAGAAAACAUAUUCAUGUUUUACUGUAAAUAAAAACAAAUACUUGUUUGUCAUUCUUUGUCAAAUGUUAUUGUUUGAUAUCAUCAAACAUAAACCUGAAAGAGAAAGGUUCAGGCUUUUAUGGUGCAUUAUUCAUUUUGUCCACUAGAGGAGGUCGGACUCCUUCAUCUUGGUUAAAAAUCCUCAUCAUCAAUAUGUGAAGAAAAACAGCACUUUUAAAUUGUUGACCUACAUUAAACUAUU